AUGACCAUUAUGAAUCGCUUGCAGCCGGCAGCGGCACUGAAGAACUUCUCAAUGCCAUCACAAAUGAGCAGCCAGAAAUUCAUCCUGGGGUUGGGCAUUUCACCUGAUGACCGCCUGGACGAAGAGCAAGAGAGAGAAGUGGUACAUGAGAUUGAGUGUGAGCACGAGGUGGAGAGACCUCCAAAAGUGCAGGCUGCUCCCCAUUGUAUCAACGAGGAUGUCUGGUACUUCAUCCAGACAGGCUGCAUUCCAGAUGGAUCUCGUGCAUUCACUGCCGUUUUUGACACCCUCACUAGAACUUCAGCUGUGUUCUCAGGGUGUCAUCCAAGGGUAACACUUGCCUCAACAGAUUUUGUCACAACAGUUUUGGCUAAAGGCCUAAUGGACAGCUACAUCCGCCCAGUCAAUUGGAUUAUCUCGAGCAAUACGAUAUUCGACGCACCAGUGCUAGUCAUCAUCAGCCCCUUCGAGGUUAACAUUUUAUUAUCUGAGAUUAGGGCAAGUAAGCAAGUUCACUUGCAUGCUUAUACACCUCGCAUCAUCAAGAUGAUGAAGUCAUGUGAUGACCUGCAACUCUACAUCACACCAUCACUCCCCGCACAAUGGAUGCCACAUGAUACCCUUAUCCGCCAGCUGAGCGUCUUUUCUGGGCAAUUAUACUUUCCUCAUCACCACACAUACGUGAAGCUGUGUCGCUUCUUGGGGAUUUAUACCACAGAUCUCAAGGACCGGGGCAUCUUCAAGAUUCAAAGUGAUGGACUCAUCAAACCGGAGCAUCGGCCUCCUACUACAAAUUUUCCCAACAACUUCCAACAGUCGCCCAUCCUCAUGUUGAAGGCUCUUUUCGGUAUCUGCCGCAAGGGAAUGGGGUACUUACCCACGCACGUCGGGAAGUUAUUGGUUGCUCGGCAGUUGACAGCCAAAGACUUUGAAGAGACGGCUUGA